CAGUAUCUGACAUUGAACGUAUCAAGUUAUUCAAAGUUCUUGAAGACGCAAACGGACGAAAUGUUGGAUCUAAUUUAUUAGGGCUCACACCAGACGGAAGUAAACUUGUGCGAUUUGAUGAAUAUUCACAAAAUCCCGACUGUGAACUAUUGACUACCUUGACUAUAAGUGAUGACCUUUUGAAUCGGAUUAAUGUCAUCCAUCAUAUGACUAUCGAUAAAUUUUCUUCUAUUAACACAUCAUUAACAUUUCAUCCAUUUAAACCUAUACUUGUAAUAACUUUAACGUCAAAUCAAUUUUAUCUUUUGAUUUGCAAAAAAAAGAAAUUAACUGAUUGGUCACAACAAUAUUCAGAAAUGCUUCCACGAGAUUUUCUUAACCUUAAAGAUAAGAUCAUGGGAUGUUCAUUUAAUCCUCUUUCUGACAGUAUGAUCCUAUAG